AUGGAGAGAUGGGAGAAGGAGAUCCUGGAACAGGAGGCACAGCACGAGCUUGAACUAACACAGGAUGUGAUGGAAUCUGACAAUGAUAUCGAGGAGCACCAGGCUGAUGUGCGCCUUGACUUCGCCGAUGAAGAGCCGCUUCCGCGUACGUCUCCUCGAGCAUAUUACCACAUGUCGGAGUCGCAGCGAUUCUGCGAGGACAUCACGAGCUUUGUGAUACGGAACAAAGGAGAUCCCGCAUUCAAGAUGUUCAUGCCAUCCCUCAAGGAUCAUAUGCUCGCUCGCCUUACUGGUCGUGCAUACAAUGGCGAUGAAGACACAUUCACACACAAGGAACAUGAUCAGAUCUCAUUCCUCGACAACAAGCUCUACUGGCACAAGGUGCUCCGAAUCAAUUACACCACCUAUGAUAUGCGCUGUGCUCAGGACUCCAUCAACCCUCGCACACACCCCGACGUCAUGGUGCUAUCACAUGAAGAUGGUCAAGACGGUGAUCAACAUCCUUAUUGGCCGCUACCAAUAUCCCGACAACCGCAGCGCAUGGACUUUCUGUGGGUCCGUUGGUUUGGUCGUGAUCUUACAGCACCAGGUGGCUUCAGGACCCGCCGCUUGCACCGCAUCGGCUUUGUCGACAUUGAUGAUUACAAACCAUUCGGCUUCCUCAAUCCUGAUGAGGUUCUCCGAGGUGUGCACCUUAUUCUGGCAUUCGCACAUGGGUUCGUCGAUCGUGACAUGUUCAUGCGAUACCUCGGUGGUGCUGUCGGACACAAGGGAGCCAGUGUCUCCCCCGCGGAGGACAAUGAUGGGAUGGACAUAGACGUCGAUAAAUUGGACGAUGACAAUCAAUCUGUGGACUCGAGAGUGCAAGACGAAGACGAAGAUGAAGAUGAACAUGAACACGAACACGAACACGAACACGAACACGAAGGCCUGAUUGCACAGGAAGAAGACGACUACAGCUAUGAUAUUUCGGAUGAUGAUGAAGAUGAGGAGGGCGCUGGAGAUGAAGGGAUUGAUCACGAGGAGGAAGAUCUUGGUCCGGAGGAUGGCGAGGAUGGUGAAGAGGAUAAGUACGACGAUGAAGGCUAUGCGCCGCUGUAG